AUGCCACCUGCCAGUGCCCAUCAGUGCCACAUCAAUGCCACAUAUCAGUGCCUACCAUGUUACCUAACAGUGCCACCUAUCAAAGCCAGUCAGUGCUACCUAUCAGUGCUGCUAGUCAGUGCCGCCUAUCAGUGGGCAUCAGUGCCGCCUAUCAGUGCUGCCUAUUAGUGCCACCUAACAGUGCCAAUCAGUGCCGCCUAUCAGUGCUGCCUAUUAGUGCCGCCUAUCAGUGCCAUAUAUGAGUGCUGCCUUUCAGUGCCCAUCAGUGAUGCCUGUCAAUGCCCAUCAGUGCCACCUACCAGUGCCUCCUCAUCAGUGCUCAUCAGUGCCACCUAUCAGUGUCCAUCACUGCAGCCUAUCAGUGCCCAUCACUGCUGCCUCAUUAGCGCACAUCAGUGA